AUGGCGGCUACGGUUGCUGAAACGCAGCCGGCAACUCCUGCGCUAUCGAUCGGCAUGGCAUCGCCUCAUCAGCUCCAUGCCGGCAGCGCUCCCUCUACCGAUUCCGCUCCCGCACCUCUACCGCCUACUCGCAGCUUCAAGCUGUCUGAUUUCAACCGGGUGCGGACGCUGGGCACAGGCACGUUUGCGCGAGUGUGUCUUGUCCGCCCUGCCAGCGCCACCAAACCUCUAGAGGAGGAAAAGAACCCUGAAGUAUACGCUCUCAAGAUCCUCAAGAAGACGGAGGUGAUCAAACUAAAACAAAUCGACCACGUGCGCAAUGAACGAGCCAUACUGGCAGACGUGGCUGGCCACCCCUUCAUCACCAAUCUCCUAGGCUCCUUUUCCGACAACGAAUCAUUAUACAUGCUCCUCGAUUACGUCCCCGGCGGCGAGCUUUUCAGCUAUCUACGGAAGUACCGCCGGUUCGACGAGCAGGUUGCGCGCUUCUACGCCGCUGAGAUUGUCCUUGUAUUGGAGUUUUUGCACGAGCGGCAAGGUGGUGUGGCUUAUCGAGACCUCAAGCCGGAAAACCUCUUGCUGGACCAGGAUGGACACAUCAAACUCGUUGACUUUGGCUUUGCGAAACGGCUGGGCUACAAGGAUGACAGGCCAGUCGAGACUUACACGCUCUGCGGUACGCCCGAGUAUCUUGCGCCAGAGGUCAUUCAUAACAAGGGCCACACGACGGCGGUGGACUGGUGGGCGUUGGGCAUUCUGAUAUACGAGUUCCUGACGGGCUACCCUCCGUUUUGGCAUCAGAAUCCUAUUGAGAUUUACAAGCAGAUCGUCGAGAAGCCCGUCGUAUUCCCACAAGAGCCAACCAUCUCAGACGAGGCCAAAGACAUCAUCAAGUCGUUCUGCACAAUCGACCGCUCCAGGCGCCUGGGCAACAUCAGCGGAGGGGCCGGCCGCGUCAAGGCCCACCCCUUCUUCAACGGAGUCAGCUGGGAUGAUAUCCUCAGUCGUCGGCAGCGCGGCCCGAUUAUCCCCCCCCUUCGAUAUCCCGGCGACGCCCAGUGUUUCGACAUGUACCCCGAGGAAGACGGGACUCGCAUCCCUUACACCGCCGACAUGGCUAAUAGAUACGACCGCUACUUUGAAGACUUUUGAAAAAAUACUACCGUCAUAAGUUGUGCAAUCUUUUUUUUUGUUUUUGUUUUAUUCUUUUGGCUUUGUGUUUCAAAAGGCACUGUUCUAAAUUUACUCGGCGAGGGUGGGUGUAAUAGGUAAUCGCGGUUGCUCUUCUUUUUAUGAUAUAUCACCGCUCACCAGUAAAUGACUCGCAUUGUGCGUGCGCUUCUACUUGGUAUCUGCUUUUUUUUAUUAUUCCCAAUACUAUUGCCUUCAUUUUUUUUUUUUUUAAGGGGGGGCCCUUGGCGCAUACUCCCUUUUGGGGCGGGGAGGACCUUUGAAAGAGAUGAGAGACGUCGAUGACUGCUAGGGAGACGUAGCGUAUGACGACGCUUUUCACAAGUACAUGGUUAAUUAAUGAACAAAAGAAAAAAGGAAACAAAGAAGAAAAAGAUAGCGGAAGAGGAGAUGAGUCUCUUGGGAGCCAAGUCAGUCUGUGUUGUAUAGCCUCACAGCAAAGGGGAAGGAAUAUUAUUAAUGUGCGCGCCCUGGGUGUGAUGAAACGACGUCUCUCGACCGUGUGUAUGCAUAUAUAUACAUGUAUAUAUUACCAUGUUACUAUAUCUAUCUACCUUGGCAGAAUAGCCAGACGAUAAUGAUGAAUCAUUAUGCAG